GACAGGUUUACAAUAUUGAUAUAGGUGUACUGAGGGAAGAAGGGUGAUUAGUGAUGGCUUUCAAGCCAUUUGAUUGGUAUUGCCAGCCAGUGGCGAAUGGUGUAUGGGCAACAGCGGUGCAAAAUGCUCUGGGAGCUUUUACACCCUGUACCACAGACACUAUUGUGAUUUGCAUAUCACAUUUAGCUAUGAUGGGGCUGUGUGUAUAUCGAAUAUGGAUAACCAACAUGAAUUUCAAAGCUGAGAAGUUUUGUUUGAGGUCCAAAUAUUACAACUACUUUUUGGCUUUGUUGGCUGGUUACUCUGCAGCUGAACAUUUGUUCAGGUUAAUCAUGGGUGUUUCGGUGCUUAAUUUGGAAGGGGAGGCUGGUCUUGCGCCAUUUGAGCAAGUAAAUUACAGUAAUGCUAGAAAAUGAGAAAAAGAAGGUUGGUUUCAACAAUUUAGAGG